AUGGACGGCGAUCCAAGGGUUGAGCCGCAGCUCGACUCUUUUAGCUUGACUUUUCCGCUGCCGUACCGAGUCGGCUUCAUCGUGACACUCGCUGUCUGGGGCUGGGGCCUCAACCUCCACGGGCUGCAGCUCUCGCGCAUCGACGUCCCUUCGCUGAUACGAUACCCCGGACGCACCUCGCCGGCCGCUAUUCCACACCACCUCUCGACGUACCGGUUCGCGACUGUCCUCUCGAGCCUGUUUGGCGUCUCCAUGGUCCUCUUCUGGCUGCUCACCUGGCGCGUGCCGCAGCGAGUCGUCGACUAUGACUGGAUUCCCAUGACAUAUCUCGUCGCGCUGGUCGCGUUUUUUGUCGUGCCGCUCAGAAACCUGCCAGGCCACGGCCGUCGGCGAUUUCUCGCCACCCUGCGCCGCGUCAGUGUCGGCGGCAUCGCCGAGGCCAAGGACGGCAAAUUUGGCGACAUUUUGCUGGCGGAUGUGCUGACAUCAUACGCCAAGGUCUUUGGCGACGUCUUUGUCACCGUCUGCAUGUUCUUCUCGCCGGGCGGCUCCUCUACCGACCGGCCCAACAGAAACUGCGGCGGCAUCGUCAUAGUGCCGCUGCUCAUGGCCGUUCCAAGCCUCAUCCGCUUCCGGCAGUGCAUCAUCGAGUAUCUACGCGUGCGCAACGCUCCGUACCGGGAAUCGGGCGGCUGGGGAGGCCAGCACCUGGCCAAUGCGCUCAAAUACUCGACGGCCUUUCCCGUACUCAUUACCAGCUCCAUGCAGCGCAGCGCCGAGGCGGCGGGGACGGCUACGCCGGGUCUCUAUCGGGCCUGGCUGUUGGCCGUGACGAUCAACUCGCUCUACUCAUUCUACUGGGACGUAACAAAGGACUGGGACUUGACUCUCUUUGAGCCUUCAAAGCGCCACGAGGUGGUGCGGACGCCCGCAUCGGCCGCCUAUCCGUGGGGCCUGCGCGAGAGACUCGUUUUUAGGCAGCCAAAUUUGUACUACGCUGUGAUUUUGCUGGACCUGUUGCUCCGCUUCACGUGGUCUAUGAAGCUGAGCCCACAUCUCGACCGUUUUAGUAACUGGGAGGGUGGCAUCUUCGUCGUCGAGUUUCUUGAAGUCUUCCGCCGUUGGGUGUGGAUCUUCUUCCGUACUGAGACGGAGUGGGUUCGCACGACAAACUCGCCCGUCCAUGGCUUGGACGAUGUGUUACUAGGCGACUACCAGGAGCCUGAAAAUGAAGAUGAGUUUUGA